AUGGCUACUACUCCCGCCCACUUGAAUUUAACCCACACACCGUCACGACCACACGCCCGCCAUCAUAUCUCCGCACCCCUUGUUUAUCGAACCUCGGAUUCUUCCCGGAAUCAACCUUCUUCGCCGAGAGGAAGUUCUAACUUCCACCACGACCUGCUGGCUGAGUGUCUGCUGGUUACUUAUCGCCCACACAACGAAAAUAGCCGUUAUCGGCAUGUCUACAGGCACAGGCACGCACCUGAUUCUCCGCCCCUCAUAUAUAUCGUCAUCGUCAUCCACUUUUCUCACCAACUCCCAUUCCCGAAGCCCAUGAAUUUCCUCCCCGCCGUCGUCCUCCUCACGGCCAUUGUUGCCAGCGUGCUGGCGGCGCCAAACAAGCGCGAUGAACGCGGUCUUUUGAUCGCUUGGUGGAUAGCUCUCACUUAUGCCCUUAUUAUUUGCGACUGUCAAUACCGUCUACUAAAGGCUGCAACUCCCGUGACCGAAUUCACCAGCUUCGAUGGCAAGUUACCGCCGUUCCCUCGAUUCGGAGAUGGCUACAAGCUGGUCUUGGUAUAUAACUGA